AUGUCGGGGACACCAGCAGGACAGGCCGUUGAAGAGAUCCUAGAACACAGGCAAAUGAAAUACUGCCGUGACAUAUCUAAUCCUGCGACAAUAACCACCCUUUCAGCGCUUCUAAUCUAUCAUGUCGCCCUCAACUUUCCACAUGAUGUACGACGUCUGAGGGGGCGAAGAUCUAUUGCCACACUACUCUCUGCCAUCAACUGGCUUGCUAUCACUGGCACUAUCAUUACGCUCAUGCCCCUUCCGCAGAGUACUACACAGGUAGGCAGCAUAUAUCUCGUGAGGUUGGAUAUCAUCACUCGUGCAUCUGUGGUCAUCUCGGACAUCCUCGUAGUUGCAGCAACCUGGUACUACAUUAGCCGUACAAGCUCUGUGAGAACAGAGCUAGUACGUGAUAUGUGGACUGCAAGGCCCAAUCUCACAACUGUCAUGUUCCGAGAUGGUACCUUGUACUUCCUAAUCAUCUCGCUGCUCAACCUUGGCGACCUCAUCAUGACCAUUAUCACUGUUAGUAGUUCUUUUUACACAGUGGAUAUAACAAGUUUGAUUCCGGCGAUGUCAAGUAUUCUCAUCUCCCGCUUUCUCAUCUGCAUCCGCGAGGCUGCAGAACGCUCAACACGAGCAUUCGGCUCCCAAUCUCUAUCCUUCAUCGAUUCGCAAGGCAGCCCUUCCCCACAACCCUGGCUCUCUAGUGUAGAGUUUGCUUCAGACAUCGCCAACCACUCUGCAGAGGAUGGUCUUGCGGAUGCUUUCCCCGAUCUCGACAACAACGACGACAACUUGGACUCAGGAGCCGAAGAAGAAGCACAGAUAGCCGAAGAUGAGAAUGGGAUUGAGAUGGACGAGUACGCGUCAGGUGGACAGCAAUCUCCUCUGAUGUGA